CGCCGCCGUUGUUGUUGUUGUCGUCGUCGUCGUGGUGGUCGGACCGACCCGCGGCUCCCCGAGCCGGCUCCGUCCCCCCCUCCCCGCCGCCGCCAUGAAGUGGAUGUUCAAGGAGGACCACUCGCUGGAACACAGAUGCGUAGAAUCUGCCAAAAUUCGAACCAAAUAUCCAGACCGGGUCCCGGUGAUCGUGGAAAAAGUCUCAGGCUCUCAGAUUGUUGACAUUGACAAGCGGAAGUACCUGGUUCCGUCUGACAUCACCGUGGCCCAGUUUAUGUGGAUCAUCAGGAAAAGGAUCCAGCUGCCCUCAGAGAAGGCCAUCUUCCUGUUUGUGGAUAAGACCGUCCCACAGUCCAGCCUAACCAUGGGACAACUUUACGAAAAGGAAAAAGAUGAAGACGGCUUCUUGUACGUGGCCUACAGUGGAGAGAACACCUUUGGCUUCUGAGGGCCAGAGCUGGGCCAGGUGCACCUUCCUGCUUGUGUAUCUUGUAAAUAGCCGGUCAUUUUCAGUUACCACACAAGACCCUCUUCACAUAGAUACAUAGUGCAUUUGUAACUGGAUUUAUUUCUUAAUAUAUUGAAAGGUCUUGUUUUAUUAGACUGGUAAAUUAUCAGAGUUAUUUUAUUUUAUUUUUUUCUUUGUUGUGCAUUGUUAUCAUGGCUGUAAGUUCCCAGGGCCCCUGCUACUCUGGGACUCAUAUUUAAUGAAGUCGUUCGGAUACCGAGGUGAGGUAGGUGGGAGACUGAAGUGCGAGUGGGGGCUGUGGGGCGGGGGGGAAAGGAGACGCAUAUUCUGGAUUAAGUUCGAAGUGUUAGUUACAUAAGUAUUAAAAAUGUCUAAGUUAAACCCUAAGCAAUCAGAACACAUGCUUCUUUAGAUUAUACCAACUGUCAAUCAUGUUGGACUGAGCUAGUCUCUUCCUCUUUCUGAAUUCUAUUAAGGUAAAUAAUUACAAUAAAAUUUCCUCUCACAAAGGCA